CGUUUCACCAACCGAGGUCCUAGCCAACGCAUCUCAAGGCGUCCAAGACCCCGAGCCCCUAGAGCAAGGAGGUUCCCCGUUCAAGGAAAUCCCAAAGAUCGCCUUUCCAACCGCCAAAGUGGAGGAAUCAAAGAACGAAGCCCUCGACACUACGAGGGCUACUGACAAGGGCAAAGGCCGCGAAACCAUAACACCACCCGCCGAAGCUGCUCCCUCGGAAACCAUGUCUACUGCACCCCUCAUGAGCUACUCACCCUUUCAGGGACAUCAUGGUAACCCUGAGCAUGAGCAAGCUGAAUGCGAACACAACUACGAGUAUGGUCAUCAGCAUGACCACGCCCACACCCACAGCCCCCAACAUGGAUAUGCCCCCGAGUCCAUCGGCGGUGACUCGGAUUUUGAACAACACGCUUGGGCUUUUGUCAAUGUCAGCCCCGAUACCGGUACUUUGGGCGGCCUUCAGGCCAGCCCUGUCCAGGGUAGUCUAAGCUCUUGGACCAAUGUUGAGGGACAGUUUGGCGGCGGUUUAAGCCCCCUGCCAGCUGCCUUGACUCCAGAUGCCUUGUCUGGCUCGCCCGAAGGUGGUUACCAAUUCUCCGCUGAUGAUUUCUCACAAUUCGAUGGGUAUACCUUCGACAACAUGGACAUCAACUCUAUUCUGUUUCCUCAUCCGCAAUAUGAACAAGGUAUGGCUGCUGUGGGACCAUCUGAACAGCCUGCCAGCCACCAGAACCAACAAUCACAGAACUUUCAGGACGACUUUGACCUCCACAUUGUCUUGUCCGAUGUUAAUGUCCCACCCUGGGAUCCUCUUCAUCCUGGUGGCCUCGAGCUCGGGUACAUGGAAGAAGUCCCCUCCCCCUUCAACAUGGAAGACUUUAACAUCGAGAUCGGCCCAGGUGCACUCAGUUCCAGCCCACCAGAGAGUAUCAACAGCCACACCUUGAGCCAUCACUCUGCCCCAGAGGAUGCUCCUCACCUAUCCGUUCAAGUCCAGCAGCGGUACCCAGCUCCCUCCAUCCCCGUUCCGGGCCCCUCCUCAUCUUCGCACGCGACCUCCAAGCCCACUGCCAUCCAUAAGACCCGUGGCAAUGCUCGCGUUCAGAAGAAAAAGGUACCACCCAGCCCGUCUACAGUCACCUUCUCUUCCACAUCCUCCGGCAGCGUGACCGUCAACAUCUCCGGUGAAAACAAGUUCGUCGUCAUCACCCCGCAGUCCAUCAGCCAGAACGCUGCUAAGGGCAGCAGCGCGGCCUUGUUCGGCGGUAAGGACGCCGAGGGAAGCAGCCGCACCACCCUCAGGGGCCGCAAGGGUCCUCUCGCCAUCUCCACCGCCGUUUCUGCCUUGCAAGUCCGCCGCAUAGGUGCCUGCUUCUGCUGUCACGCUCGUAAGGUGUCGUGCGAGGAAACACGCCCGUGCCGGCGGUGCGAGAAGCUUAAGCUCACUGUGCCCGAGGUGAUCUGCUGGCAGUUCAGCGACUUCACCGAGGUCAUCUUUCCGGGAUGGCUGAAAGUACAUCUGAAGCGGGAAGGCGCUAAGGGAGCAGAGGAGUACGUAAGGGAAAACGUUGCCUCUUUCUUGGUGCGCUUCCGGGAGGACGAAGAGGAGAACUCCGAGAAACCGAUCAAAUUGCGUCUGACUCUCGGCCGUGGCUUCAACAAGGAUGCUAUGCUCACCGUGUUUGCCAAGUUCUUCACUCCCACGCCCAACGCCCCCGACGCUACGAGGUGGUACACCGUGCGCGAACACUCGCUCGGGGCGGGCCACGGGCUCGUCCUCGAAGAGUCCCCGGCAACGCCGAUUGCGCUGCCGUAUGGCUGGCUCGACCAGCGCGAAGAACUGCGCCGGCAUCUGCGCCAGUUCCACGAGGGACUAUAUAACGAAGACCAAUGGGCUUACCUCCUCACACAAUCGUGCGAGCAUACUACCAAAAUCCCCAAUCGGGUGCUUCCUAUUUUGCGACGAUACGCCAACGAAUCUCGCAACGGCAUGGUCAAGCGCGCGCUGCAGAUUCUGACCAUGAACUACACCAUGUCUUACCACCUGCACCUGGACCCGGAAUCCGUGCACGCUAUUGAGGUUGCGGGGUAUCGGGUGCCUGAGGGCUUGGACAGGAAGGUUCUGACGGCCAGGGUGCUCAAUAGGCAGCUGAAAGCGGUGACACACGACAUGAUUGAGCGUGAGGUGAGGAGGCUGUUUGAGGACUUCAGCAAGGCGCUGAAGCCAAGAUCCCGCAAGGAAUGGGCGGGCUGCUUUGCGGCGUUUGCGGCGCUCAGUGUGUUUUUGGAGUAUAAGGAGGCACAGGCGGACGCGUAUGUGGUUAUGGAGAAUGAGGUCAAGAAGAGGGAUUGGUUGUAUAAAGUUCAGCAACGGCAGCAACAGCAGCAGUACCAUCAGCAUCAGCAACAGGAAGCGGAAAUUAUUAUGGGCAGGAAAGAGGGGGGUAUCGAGGACAUCGGGGAGAUUGAACAAGGCAUGGACCAGUUGAAGAUGGACUUUACUCGCAGACAAGCCUGGGAUACACUCGAGGCGAUCGACAACUUGCCGUUCAGGCAGUUCAUGUAUCAAUUUCACCAAAUUUAUCAAACGCAUCCGUCGACGGCAAAAGACGGGAAGGCGUUUAACCCAUUCGUGGAUGAUGAGGCGUUGGAGAGCCUGAAGGAGUUCCCGGAUGGCGAGGCGGCCAUCUAUAUGGUGAAGACAUUCCGGGAUCGGUUCUUUGACGUUUCGGAUGUUCGCCACGAACUCGACUUCCUAACGUUCGACCCCAGCGGUCCUCCCAAAGAGAACGUCGACCCUUUCACCGAUCCCGCCAAUAAAAACAAGACGAGCCUCUUCCACUUGUUCACCGGUCGACUUCUCUCCAAGUUCUUGCUUUCGUUCAUUGACGAGAGAAUGAUUAUGGGAUCUACCGGUUUCACCGGCGGUGGUGGUAUGUGAAUUGUGAAGUGCGCGGUGUUGUGGGGUAUGCUAUGUGAUGUGAAGGGAAACAAGGGGUUAAGGUAUGGAUGGAAUACGAAGUACGAUACCAAGGGGUAUGGCUUGCUAAC